UAGCAUUUUCUUUAACCUCACUUUUAAGAGGCAGGAAAAUUUUAAUCAGAAAAGGGGCUGUUGCAUUUUCCAGUUUUCAAACAAUAAAAACAGGAUGUCGGGCAUAGCGGCCACCAGAUUAGCCGAGGAACGAAAAGCGUGGAGAAAAGACCACCCGUUCGGAUUCGUAGCCCGACCCUCCAAGAACGCCGAUGGAUCUUUGAACUUGAUGAACUGGGAAUGCUGUAUUCCGGGAAAGAAAGGGACUCCCUGGGAAGAGGGACACUACAAACUAAGAAUGCUCUUCAAAGAGGAUUAUCCUACAAGUCCACCAAAAUGCAAAUUUGAGCCACCACUCUUUCAUCCUAACGUAUAUCCCUCUGGAACUGUGUGUCUCUCUUUACUUGAUGAAGAAAAGGAUUGGCGUCCAGCUAUUACAAUCAAACAAAUCUUACUGGGUAUUCAGGAUUUGUUGAACGAGCCUAAUGUCAAAGACCCCGCCCAGGCCGAAGCCUACACCAUUUACUGUCAGAAUCGUUUGGAAUAUGAGAAACGGGUCAAGGCACAAGCCAGAGCCAUGAGCCAUCAAGAACUAUGAACUGGAUCCGGAAACAUAUAACACUUCUUUUCAAAUAAAAAUUUUGUCGAUUUCGAAGAGUAUUAAAAUCUUACAACGCUCUAAACAAAAAAAUCUAUUUAUUUAGUACACUAUCAGGUUUCUCUGUGUUCUCUUUUAAUAAUUCUUAAGUUAAGGUUUAAGGUCUUUCAUCGAUUAUUUGUAUAUUUUACAAUUUUAAAUCAUCCUUCAACAAACAUUAUUAUCAGUGCUGUAUUUUUUUAUUAUAAUUGAUUUAGGAUGGUACUUAUAAUAAAUUAGUGUUUUGAUA